UCUAUCGAUUUUUGUGUGGUGGCCGUCCGCUCAAGUUGGAGGAUUUGUCGGGUCUAGUUCUAGUUGUAGUGCCGUUUGUGUAAAAUCAAUUGAAUGGGACCGUGUUACAAAACUGUCGUGUAGUGUGGUGUGUACUUAAAAACGGGCUAAAAUGACCAAGGAUAGAUUAGCAGCCCUUGUUGCGGCUCAAAGUGAUGACGACGAUGUGGGACCCGACGAUGUCGCUGUCAAUGUUGAAGGGCGCGAUGGCUUUAUGGAUGCCUUCUUUGGAGAGGUGGAAGAAAUACGGGAGAUGAUAGAUAAGAUUCAAGCAAAUGUCGAAGAAGUGAAGAAGAAACACAGUGCCAUUUUAUCAGCACCACAGAGCGAUGAUAAGACCAAACAAGAAUUGGAGGAUUUAAUGAGUGACAUCAAGAAAACUGCCAACAAAGUCCGUGCCAAGUUAAAGGUAAUAGAACAAAGUAUAGACCAAGAGGAAACGACAAAUAAAAAUUCGGCGGACUUAAGGAUACGAAAGAUCCAGCAGUCAACGCUGUCGAGAAAAUUCGUCGAAGUGAUGACCGAAUACAAUAGAACUCAAACCGAUUACAGGGAGAGGUGUAAGGCGAGAAUAAUGCGCCAAUUGGAAAUCACCGGCAGAACGACGACAAACGAAGAGUUGGAAGAGAUGUUGGAACAAGGGAACUCGGCAGUCUUUACCCAAGGUAUUAUAAUGGAAACGCAACAAGCCAAGCAAACUCUGGCGGACAUUGAGGCCCGACACGCCGACAUUAUAAAAUUAGAAAACUCCAUCAGAGAGCUCCACGACAUGUUCAUGGAUAUGGCUAUGUUAGUGGAGAACCAGGGUGAAAUGAUAGACCGCAUUGAGUUCCACGUGGAACAUGCCGUGGACUAUGUCCAAACGGCAACCCAAGAUACCAAAAAGGCUCUUCGGUACCAGAGCCGCGCCCGACGGAAGAAAAUUAUGAUCUUAAUAUGUCUUACAAUUUUGGCUAUUAUACUAACCUGCACGAUUGGAGGAUACCUGGGAUUGGUGUAAAAUAUAUCGGCUUUGUUGAAGUGUUGGCAAGAUAUCGAGAAGAUACCCUUUUUAAGUUCCCCAUGCGUAGCUUUAAUUAUGGAUUCAUAGGACCGACGUUACGUCAUUAAGUUUAGGUAGUCGGAGAAAUUUGCUCUAGCAAUAAAAUGUAUUGAUUUAAAAAAAAUGGUGUGAUAUAAAACGGUAAUUUAUUUUAUUUUAAAUUGAUUAGGAAAUUCAGAAAGUAGCAUUUCAAGAAAAUGUGUUUCGAUUCUUAAAACAAAAAAAAAUAUCACUUUGAUGUUUAUAUUUGUAUUGAUACUUGUAAUUAUGAUGUAUAAAAUGAAAAUUGCGUUUUAAAUUAAGAAACGGAUCUACUUGUAUUUUAGGACUAAUGUUUUUAGAUUACGUUUAGCGGAAAAACAGUUUUUCUUAUAAACAAACCAUUAAAGUGCACAAUCAGUAGAUUUUGGUGAAGGCCUUCAAUUACUUCACUUAACUAUAUGCAGUACCUUUCAAGUACCUGUUGUUGGGUUUAGACGAGCAAACUAGUAUACCUACCGUUAGGUACUGGUUACAACUUGGAAGUUGUGUGUACUCCUCAGAGACUUUAAUGAUGUCACUUUACAUUCUUGCUUUUCAUUUGGUUUUGUACAUAGACGGUCCAAUUUUUCAUUUCGGUAACUGUUUUUCUGGCCCUUGUUUACCUUUAAAUUGGAACCAUUGGAUAGACGCUUAAUUUUGUUUUUUAAACAAGUAAAUAUACUGUAAAAUCCUUUCCGUCUUCCAUUUAAAUGGUUUCGUGCACUCUAUAUGUUUUUGAAAAUUUAACGAGUUAGCUUUCAAAGAUCUCUAACAAAAACAAAAGAUAUUGUCUUUCUUAUAAAUGCAAAAUGUAUUUCGUAGGUAGAAGAAAAUAAUUUUGCACUGAUUAAACUUUUGAGACUUGUAUAGUAGCUCUAAAAAAAACUAUUGCGAUCCGGCUACAUAAUUCCACUUUUGUUGAAAUUUGUUCUGGAUUUAUUGAACAGUCGAGUCGUUUGUUAAAUAUAAUACCGAAUUUAAAUGAAUACAACGAAUUCACUGGAAAAAUGUUUCUAUAUAACGCUGUUCCACGUUCUUUUAUAUGAUUGCGAUAUUAAAUAUAAUUAUCACAAUUUUUUAUCCAUUGUUUAACAUCUGGACACAAAUUUUUUAACAUUGCAGUGGAAUUUUUUAGAUUCACAAAAAGUCAAUUGGUCAAAUUUGUAAGUAAAAAUAUAUAUUCUUGCAUCUGAGUCGAUCGAUGCAAUAAGUGAGAUAUACUGUAGUUAAUACUUUCUUAAAGAGUAGUCCUAAUUUUAAAUUAUAAAUAAUGUAUUAGGUCGAAAUAUUAAUUUAAGGUGAAAGAACUCGUGGUGUUUUCCACAUUAAUGUUACUGAAUAUCAGUUAGAGUUAGGGAAAUGUCACUGUAAGAAAAAUCAGCAAUACAACACAAUUUCUUCCCCUAACCAAUAUGGUGGCCAAUUGCUUGGAAAAUAUAAUUUUCGUCGCUGGAAUAAGGAGAUUUGUGAGUGCCUGACUGCAUUUGAGGCCUAAUCGUUUUCGUUAGUAUACUCCCAAUUAUAUUUUCAAGUUUUCAAGGAAAUCCGACGAUAUAUUGCUUAGAGGAAGACGUGUGAUUUCUAGUGUGUCCUUUUGAAGAUUAAGAGCACAAAGAAGAACAAAGAACUCUGUAGUAUUGUAAUUAAAUACAUAUAAAAUUCGUUAGGCCAGAAUUUCCUGGCAAUAUUCUUUUUCAUUUACCGUCAACGUCGAAAACUACUUUUAACACCAGCGCCUUAAAUGUAAAGAAUGCAAAGGUUUUGUUUAAUAUUGGGUUAACUCGUAACUGUGUUAUGAGGGUUUUGUUUUAUACGAUAUAUGAUUUAAUGAGUUACUUAACAAAAAUAUUAUCAACAAAGACAGAAGAUGGACUUUAUUUUUUGGUCCUUUUUAUAAUGUUAAUUAAUAUAUUAAUAUUAUAUCAAUCGCAUAUUUUCUUGCUUAACGCAGUAACGUAGUAAAUAUUUUCGCAACAAUCAUAACAUAUUUGAUUGAUUUUGAUUAUUUUUUAUAAAAAAAUGUCUUGUUGAACUUGUUGAACCACCCGUCUAUUAGUAUAUAUCAGUAUAUUGACUGUAGUUAAUUUUUUCUUGAUAAUUGCGUAACUAUAACACUGAGUACAAGAACGCUCAUAUUUCAUAAAAAGGUUCUUUAUGUUAUCAGAUUUUGAUUGUGGACAGAAGAAAGUUUCAUUGACGGCAAAUUGAUAUUCGACAUUUAAAGUUCCUCGAUUCAAUUUUUUAAAUAAUUUUUUAAUAAACGCUUGUGUUGAGAGUGGUUGCCCUCACUCGUGUGUUGUGACCCGUAGAUUAGCCCUGUUUAGCACCCAGCUGUAUAUGUCUAUUGUCUGCUCCUUGUAAUAUUGUCAAAGAUGAAUGUGCAAUCUUUAUCCACUAGGCGACACUUGAUCAUAUCACUGAAAAUAUACUUGUAAAUACACUAAGUGUUAUUAAUUUGUGGACGUCGGUUAAAAAUACUUAGGAUAAACUGAAUCUAUUAAAUUUUUAUUUUAAAAGCUCUAUUUCAGAGAAUUUAAACAAAUGUUGAAGUUUAGGGGAAUGUUAUUACUCAUUAAACGAAAGAAGUUACCAACUUAAAAUAAUUAUAAAGAUAUUAAGAGUCGUGUAUAAAUAACUAUACCUGCCAAUUGUUAGUGAUAUACGGGACAAAACCAUUUUCAAAUACAGCCUCAAUUAAAAUGUGACAUGGGUACCAAUUGUUUAUUUGUUGUUAGUAUUUGUAUUAAAUAUUUGAAUUAUAAAAUAACAAAUAACUAAUGUCUACAACCUUAUAGUGGCUUUUUAAAAAAGUUUUUAGACAAUAAAGGAAAAUACCAAAUAUAUUAUUUUUCCUCGAAUAGGAAAUAUGUAGCAAAUAAUUAUAAUAGUAGAUGAUAAGUUUGUAUUCAGUCCUUUGCAGCAAUUACAGUGUCGCCUUGUGGAGCUGUACCUACUGUAAAUUAGGAGAUUUUAUUUAUAACCUAUCUUAUAUAAAAUACAUUUUGAAUUGAAAGUUACAAUAAAACAUGUAUAUCUU